GCCCUUGGCCCAUCCGGCUCCGGGGUCGCGUCGCGCGGCCGCUUGGGCGGGACGGGCGGCGGUAACUUUCACACGGGACGCUCUGCGGGAGCGCUCCCCUUUCCCCCCUCUCCUCCUCGGCGGAGGCGCGGCUGCCCGUGAGAGGACUCGGCUGGCUCCCGCUGUCACCUGCCGCUGUCUGGAGAGCCCUUCUCCGGUUUUCCUCCCGCGCGCACUGCCAUCCCGUCCGAAGCGCCGCCGAGCGGGUUGCGCUCGAUGGGCUAAAAUCGCCGCUUCUCCUCCUCCUCCGGCUGGGCUGGCGGCUGCCCGUCUUUCAGGAGCCUCGAAACAAUCUACUGAAUGUAGAAGGAAAGCCAGUUAUUGAUGUAGAAAAUGCCUCUUAGAGACAAGUACUGUCAGACUGACCACCACCAUGGAUGCUGUGAACCAGUACGUGUGCUGGAACCUGGAGACCCACCUUUAUUACAGCAGCCUUUUCAUACAUCAAAAUCUGGAAUCCAGCAAAUUAUUGAAUGUUUUCGAUCAGGAACUAAACAACUCAAGCAUAUUUUGCUAAAAGACGUGGAUACCAUUUUUGAAUGCAAAUUCUGCCGCAGUCUCUUCAGAGGGCUACCAAAUUUAAUAACUCAUAAAAAAUACUAUUGUCCACCAAGUCUUCGGAUGGAUGACAACUCUCCUGAUAUAAAUGAUAAACAGAGUCAAGCCAUAACUGAUCUCCUAGAAGCUAUGUAUCCACGAGUGAACAAGCAAGAUUAUAUAAUACGUUUGGAACCUAUAGAAACAAACCAGAAUGCUGUAUUUCAGUAUGUCUCAAAGGCAGAUAGUUCAGUGGAGAACACUGACCCAAACGCUAUUCCUGACCAAGCUUCUGUAGAAACACCAGAACAUGCAACAGAACCUCCUCCUAAACCAGUGUCAGAUACUUCAGAAACAAAAGCUGAAGAGACUCCUCCCUUAGUUGUUGACAAGAUAAUGCCAACUCCAGAAGAACCUGCCCCAUGUUCAAAACCUGAAUUAGAAUGUGAUAAUAAUUCUGAUUCGGGUCAUCAAUUAAUUUGUUCCCUGUGUAAAAAAGAAUUUCAUUCCAGACGCAGUAUACGCCGUCAUAUUAGGAAAGUCCAUAAAAAAAAGAUGGAAGAACUAAAGAAAUUUAUUCAAAUUAAAAAAAGGCCAAAUCAGAUAUCUAGAAGGGGUCGCAAUAAGAAUGUUUUGGUAACUUUGGGUAAAAGUUGUCCUUUGUGUAUUAAAUCAUUUGCUACAAAAGCCAAUGUAAGAAGGCAUUUUGAUGAAGUUCAUAGAGGACUGAGACGGGAUUCUAUAACUCCUGAUAUAGCUACAAAACCUGGACAGCCUUUAUCCUUGGAUAAAACCUCUGGAAAAACUGCUAGAACACAAAAACAAAAGCCUUCAAAAGCUGAGUACAAUUUAACUGCUUGCAAAUGCCUCUUGUGUAAGAGGAAAUAUAGUUCCCAGGUAAUGCUUAAAAGGCACAUGCAAAUUGUUCACAAGAUAACUCUUUCUAUUAAGAAUCCUAAAAGAGAGCGAAAGCCUAAUGCAGAAGUGAAAGUGAAAAUCGAACCAGCAGAAUCUACAGUAUCUACGCCUUCCAUCUGUAGUUCUUUGCAGAAUGAAGUAAAGGGAAUAAAUAAUUCAAAUGAAAGAAAAAAUACAUCAUCCAUUGAGAGAAAGAAUGCAGUAUCCAGUGAAAAAAAGAAAACACCCACUGAACGAAAAGGCAUAUCAUCCACUGGAAAAAAGAAUGUAACUCCAGCUAAAAAAAAUAAAGUUAAGCAGACCUGUCAGAAAUCAAAGUCAAAUAACCAGUCUCUUGCAAGUGGUCUCAAAAAGCCCAGGAAGCCAAGGCUGUCAGUUGGCUUUGAUUUUAAAAAGCUUUACUGUAAACUUUGUAAACGCCAAUUUACUUCUAAACAAAACUUAACAAAGCACAUUGACUUGCACACAGAUGGAAAUAAUAUUUAUGUUAAAUUCUAUAGGUGUCCCCUCUGCACUUAUGAAACACGCCGGAAGCGUGAUGUGAUAAGACACAUAACUGUAGUACAUAAAAAGUCUUCACGUUACCUUGGUAAGAUAACUGCAAGUUUAGAAAUCCGAGCAAUAAAAAAACCUAUUGACUGCAUUCUAAAAAAGGUGGCAAAAAGAGGCCCUCAGAGGGAUGAAGGUAAACAGAAUGGUUCAAAACAAGACAUUACCUCUAACUCGCCAAAUAAAAAAUAUGAAGGAACUGAUGUUGGCAUUGAAGUGAAAGUCACAAAAAACUUUUCUCUGCACAGAUGCAAUAAAUGUGGAAAAGCAUUUGCCAAAAAGACUUUCUUAGAACAUCACAAGAAGACUCAUAAAGUAAAUGUGACACAUUCACCUGAAGACAACAAAACCAAAGGCAGAAGUACAAGAUCUAAAGCUCUUGUCUGUUGAAGAAUACUAGUGCCUUCUUAAAUACAUGCCUAAAUUUUCCAUUGGUACUUAAAGUGCAAUCACAUUUUUAUAGAUCUAAUGCUUCAGACGGUAAAAGACUCUUGCAUUCAUUAAAAAAAGCGUUUUAAGAUUUUUUUUCAUGGCAGUGAACCUAAAAGCAGUUUAAGUUAAUACACACACAAUUCUUCAAAGUUUAAUAUUAUAUAUUAGUAUUUGCAUAAUAUUUUGUUAAUAGUUCCAUAGUUCAAAAUGAUUUUUAAAAUUAACUUUGCACUUCAUUGGUACUGACCAGGCACAGCAAGCAUAUAUGAACUGAAGAUCUAUAGAUGUGAUGUCGCCUCAGUAUGUUGCUUUAAUACAUCAUUUUUGGCAUAAAAUUUGGAAAAUACAUUUGUAUUUUAAAUUAAUGUUAUAUAAUUCUUAAACCCUAGAGUUAAUACUUUUGUAUUUAAACCACCAUUCCUUUUGUAUUAGGAGAAGAUUGUCACUCAAAAAAAAAUCUUUUAUUUGAGGAGUGUUUUUGGUAGUUGGUCAUUUUCCCCCGAAAUUUUAACUUCUUUUUUACAUAAUUAAUUUGGACUGGGUAGGGGUAUCAGAUAGCCUAUUUUAUUGUAUGUAAUGAAAAUAUGGAACAGUUCUAAAUUACCUUUCCCUUAAUUGAAAAAUCUUGGACAACCAGCAGUUAAAGAAAGAAUAGUGUUUUUAAAUUCCUAUGACAGAGAAAACUUGUUUCAAUUUAAGAGAAAUGUGAGUGUAUCUCAGUAAACAGGUGCAACAACUUCUUUAAUUGAAGGUAACUUCAUACAAUUAAAUUACUUGUUCUGGCAAUUUAAAAAUUAUGUAAGACAAGUUUCCAAGCAUUUGAAAGGUAUUUUCAGGUUGGUUGAAAGGUUGGCUGGUUAGUUUUUGUUUUCUUUUAGCUUUUUAUAAAAUAAAAAAAUGGAUCUCUAAACCAGUGAUAAUCUAGACCUUUGAACCUAUAGCUUAUUUUUCCCUUUUCCCCAUAUUUAGAAAGGACUUGUCAGCAGUGAGGGAAGUGAUACAAAGAGAACACAGAAUUUUUAGUAAAGGUGUCCCUUCCUAUCCUGUAGAUAAAAGUUUCUACUGGAUCAAAAAUUAUGGGUAUCAAUUGAAUGUUUUCUCACUUUUUACCCAAAUGAGCAACCAACUUAUCAGAGAAAAUCUGAUUUCUAUGUGGUAAGCUUAUAUGCUACUAAUAAACAGAAAACCUUUAAAAUCGGUUAUAGUUUAUAUUAUAUAUGUAUUUCUCCUUAGUUAAAAUAAUGUGAUAAUAUUUGAAAUUAGAACCACUAAAAUCUAGAAUAGUAAUAUGAGAAUAAGCUGUUUUCAGAUUAAAUGUGUUGACUCUUAAACAAUGUAACAUCUUGCCUAAUAUUUUCAACAAAAUUAAAAUUCAUUAAAAAUAACACCUAA